AUGUCGAUGCCGAUGCCGCCGGUGCCGCCGCCGAUGCCGUACUCAUGCUCCGUGGGGGCAGGCACCUCGCUGCCCUCCCCAGGGUACAUCCCGCCGGCAGACGUCCAGACCGCACCCAGACUGGGGGCCAGCGGCAAUGGCUCGUGGCAGCUGCUGGCGCGUGUACCGAUCCCGGCCGUCCUCGUCGCCUCGGCCGCCAUCCCCGCCCUCCUCACCACCGGGCUGGCCUCCUUUGGCGCGGGCGCUUCGGCGGGCGCGAGCUACGUCACGCUCGCCCUCCUGCUGACGCCACGCACGCGGCGCGCGCUCUCGCGCUCGCCUUGCGGCGCCGUGCUCCGGCAGGCGCUGGCAUUCUUGGUCGUGGUCUUUUGGGUCCGCUCCCACUCCGCCUCGUACUACGACCAAGAGCCACGCCCCUCGGUCCCGCUCUGGAUUGCGCGGCCCGGCGCCUUCACGCUGCCCUUCUUCGCGGCCGCCUACCUGACCCAGCUCGCUUCGGGCAACGGACGGCUGGCGGGGCACGUCUGGUGCGCCGCUUGCAUCCUCAUCCCCGCCACGGGUGCCGCGACCAUGUUUUUGCGGCCGGCCGCGGCCAUCGAGUCGGAGCUCCUCCACCACACGAGCAGCUCGCCACUCAAGUUCGGCGUGACCUUCUCGCUCGGGCUGGUCCACAGUGCACAGCCGCGCAGCACCUCGUUCAAGCUCCUCCUCGCGGCGGCGGCGGUCGCGCUGGGCUCGUCGGUCCUCGCCGUCGCCUACCUCCGCACGGGCGACGGGCGGUGGGUGCGGACCGUCAUCCACCCGGUCGGCUUGCCGUUUGCCCUGCCGGCCCUACUCCCGCACGCGAUCGAGGCGGAGUUUCGGCGUGGGGACGCAGCGGCCGUCGUGUCGUCGCCCGCGGAGCCCGCGGCGGCUGAUGUGUGA